ACCCGGCCUGCGGAGGGGGAGGAACCGGCCGGGCCUCGCCGAGCUGCCUCUGCCUCCUCCGGAGUCGUCGUCGAGUCUUCCCCGGAGCUGUGCACGCGAGGCCGCCCUGCGCUCCUUAGGCCGGCGCCAUGAAGAUCAAGGAUGCCAAGAAACCCUCUUUCCCAUGGUUCGGCAUGGACAUUGGGGGAACUCUAGUAAAGCUGUCAUAUUUUGAACCUAUUGAUAUCACAGCAGAGGAGGAACAAGAAGAAGUUGAGAGCUUAAAAAGUAUUCGGAAAUACUUGACUUCUAACGUGGCAUAUGGCUCCACUGGCAUUCGGGAUGUACACCUUGAACUGAAGGAUUUGACACUCUUUGGUCGAAGAGGGAAUUUGCACUUUAUCAGGUUUCCAACCCAGGACCUGCCUACCUUUAUCCAAAUGGGAAGAGAUAAAAACUUCUCCACAUUACAGACGGUGCUGUGUGCUACAGGAGGUGGUGCUUACAAGUUUGAAAAAGAUUUUCGCACAAUUGGAAACCUCCACCUGCACAAACUGGAUGAACUUGACUGCCUUGUAAAGGGCUUGCUGUAUAUAGAUUCUGUCAGUUUCAAUGGACAAGCAGAAUGCUAUUAUUUUGCUAAUGCCUCAGAACCUGAGCAAUGCCAAAAGAUGCCUUUCAACCUGGAUGAUCCCUACCCGCUCUUGGUGGUGAAUAUCGGCUCAGGAGUCAGUAUUUUAGCAGUCCAUUCCAAAGACAACUAUAAGAGAGUGACUGGAACAAGCCUUGGAGGUGGUACCUUUCUUGGUUUAUGCAGUUUAUUGACUGGCUGUGAAAGUUUUGAAGAGGCUCUUGAAAUGGCAUCCAAAGGUGACAGCACUCAAGCUGACAAGCUGGUCCGCGAUAUUUAUGGAGGAGAUUAUGAAAGAUUUGGUCUACCAGGCUGGGCUGUAGCAUCUAGUUUUGGGAAUAUGAUUUAUAAGGAGAAGCGAGAAAGUGUUAGUAAAGAAGACCUGGCAAGAGCUACCUUAGUUACAAUCACCAACAAUAUUGGGUCUGUGGCACGCAUGUGUGCUGUGAAUGAGAAAAUAAAUAGAGUUGUCUUUGUUGGGAACUUUUUACGUGUCAAUACUCUCUCAAUGAAACUUCUGGCAUAUGCACUGGAUUAUUGGUCAAAGGGUCAGUUAAAAGCAUUGUUUCUAGAACAUGAGGGAUAUUUUGGAGCUGUUGGUGCACUUCUUGGACUGCCAAAUUUCAGCUGAAACAUCAGAAAUCUCUGUUGAUAUGUAAUCCAAGAGACACUGAAACUGAAACCAGAGACAUUACCACUGAAUUCAUUGUCACCGGGAACCAAAGGAUAAAGAGUAACACUAUUCUUGUUGACUUGAAAUGUCACAAUGGUAUGCUCAUGAGUGUUGCCAUAUUAACAGAGAGCACUCUGCAAUGUGAAAUAUUUCUUAUUGAGAUCCUUUCCCUUGUGUAUAUAGUGAAUAUUCAAUCUUUAAAUGCAAUACAGCCUUUCAUUACUGAGCUUCCUCUCAAAAAGAUUCUGUUUUAUGUAGCUAACAUUGUAGUACCAUAUGCUCAGAUGCAAAUCUUAAGGUCUCAGAAAAGUUUUGCUUAUGAAAAUCAUUGAUUCUGGAUACUUGCUAUGUGUCUGUUUUGUAUGUGUUUGGUCACUAGUGAGCAGAAAGUAACAUGCCCUGAAUCACAAUUUGUUGUAAUGGCAAUCAAAGAUGAUUAUUUAAUGCAAUUUUUAGAGGCAAUGUUAGAUGUUAAUUAAUCAUGAUAGUUUUUGUAACAUUCUCCUUAAAAAAGCAUAUGUAUGUGACUUUUUUCUCAAGUGCCAUAUGAUGUAAUUGAAAUACUUAGGUUAAACAGCCUUAAUUUCAAAAUGAUCUUGGAAAAUUAACAUAUUUAACAUAACAUUUUCUCUAUUUUAUUACAUAAUCAUCAUAUAUGUUAAAAUGUUUACUACUUUAAAAUUGGAGGUAUGAUUGCAUGCUUUGGAGUCUUACCUAAGUCAUUGGGGUAUGGUUAGAGUGAAUGGAUAGAUCUGUAUUCUUUAUCUUAUAUAUCUCAAACCCAAACAUGAUACACGUAUUAGAUCUGAACCGUGAAAGCUAACAACAGGCUCACGUUUAUUCUAGGGAUGUUUUUAAAACUUAGGGCAUGUUAGGCAGUGUUGCAGAAUUACAAAAAGGUCAGUGUUUUAUACAUCCUGGUAAUAAAAAGCAUUAUGGUUCCAGAAUUU